AUGGCUGCAAACUCCGUCGAUCCCGGCGAUGAGAAGCCCAUUAGCGCCCGCAACCCUGUCUCCACAAGAGAUUUGGACACCGCGGCAGCGUUUACCACAAGUAAGAAGGGUAUUCUAAAUCCGGCAGAAGCUCUUCGUAUCAGGAAAAAGAUCGACAAGCACAUUAUGCCCCUCAUGUGUAUCCUUUAUUUGUGCGUCGUGACUUUCGUGGAGUUGAGACUCCACCAGCCACCGCUCACAGAGCAACUAGGAUACAAUACAUGGACAAGUCGACGCUCGGGAAUGCUGCUAUUAUGGGCAUCAGGCAGAGAAUCGGCUCAUCUAACCACGAAUGAGUAUAACUGGCUAGGCACGAUAUUCUACUUGAGCUAUCUAGCAUUCGAAUUUCCGCAAAGUCUCUGUCUGCAACGUUUUCCUGUGGCCAAGUGGAUGUUAUUUAAUAUCUCCCUGUGGGCAGUCGCACUCUGUGCCCAUGCUGCAUGGUCCAUCACGGCAGGCUUCAUGAUUGUCACCUCAAUGUUUUACACCCGGAACGAGCAGACCGUGCGCGUUGGGUACUGGUUCCUCAUGAACGGUGUUGCCCAAAUUAUUUCUGGUUUCGUUGCCUUCGGAACGCUGCAUAUCAGGACCGGCUCCUUCGAGGCAUGGCAAUGGCAAGCUCCUUCACUUAAGACACCUUUUGGAGAGAGUAUGAUGUUCCUCUUCCCGGACUCGUCCACGAAUGCCUGCUUCCUUACACCUGAAGAAAGAGCAACGGCCGUACAGAGGCUUAAGGAAAAUCAAACGGGCGUAGAGAACAAGCACUUUAAGAAGGAGCAGCUAAUUGAAGCAUUGACUGACCCAAAGACCUGGCUCUUUGCCCUCUUCGCGGCCCUGGAGAACGUCCCAAACUCCUUGUCGAACCAGCGCCAAAUCAUUGUCUCUUCGUUCGGGUUUACAAGGCUCCAAACCACCCUUCUGGGAUGCGUCAACGGCCUCAUCGAAAUCGUGACAAUCUGGACAGGCGUCACCAUCGCGUCAAGAAUCCCGAACUCUAGGGCAUACGUUUCUUUCGCGUACAAAAUACCCAUGAUACUCGCACUUUGUCUCAUCAAUUUCUUGCCAUGGCGCUACAAAAUUGGGCUGCUCUUUGCGCAAUGGGUCACAGGCAUCGGCACCACAGCAUUCGUCCUUUCUCUGUCCUGGAUUUCCAGCGUAACUGACGGACAUACGAAACGCGUCACGGUCAACGCCAUCACGCUGUCCGCGUACUGCAUCGGCAACGCUGCAGGUCCAUUCAUGUGGAAGGCAAAAUAUCAGCCUAGAGACCACGUUCCGUGGAUUGUCAUCAGAAUCUGUAACACCAGUUGUAUGGCUCUCCUGCUCAUGGUUCGAUUCCUCUUAUCGACCGAGAACGGGCGCCGUGAUCGUGAACCCCCUGAUGAGACGUACGAGAACAUCUAUAUCGAAAGAGUGGGGAAGAGCGGCGUAACGGAGUUGGUAAAGGUUGACAAGGAAUUCUUGGACUUGACCGACAUCCAGAACCGUGACUUCCGCUAUGUUCUUUGA